UACUGGGAGGGCUUUGCAGGACUUAGUACGCAUAGCUACUAAGUUUUCUGAGAUGGAGGAGACAUAUUCUUCUCUUGGGUCUCUUAGAUAUGAUGUGAUUGUUGAUGUUGCACCUGAAAUCAAAUGGAUUCCUGAUAAUAAUGCAUACAAAAAUUUACAGAUUGUUGUUGAGAUAGAUAGAGAUAUAGAUGCUCAAAUAACAUCUGAACAAGAAUUUAAAAGGCGAUACAAGUCCAUUGGUGCACUGAAAGUGGUUAUUGAUAGAGGGUUACAGGUGAUUAAAUUUAAUUUAUUCAAGUCUGCUAAUUAUUUUUUCCUUUUAAAAUGAUUAUUUACUAGAAAA